AUGACACGAUUCUAUGAAAAAAAGUAUCCGGAUGUAGAUGAGCUGGUCAUGGUGCAGGUUAUGUCAAUAGAGGACAUGGGAGCGUAUGUCAAGCUGUUGGAAUAUGAUAACAUCGAGGGAAUGAUUCUACUCUCGGAAUUAUCACGAAGACGUAUCCGGUCAGUACAAAAGUUGAUCCGAGUGGGCAGAAAUGAGGUCGUGGUCGUCAUGCGUGUGGACCCAGACAAGGGCUAUAUCGACCUAUCAAAACGUCGUGUCUCUGCCGAGGAGGUGGUCAGAUGUUCAGAACAAUACGAAAAGGGCAAGACGGUGGACAGCAUCCUCACACAGGUGGCUCGGAAACACGAGGGGAUGAGUGCAGAAAGCCUGUACGAAAAGAUCGCUUGGCCUUUACAUAAGCAAUACGGACACACGUACGAUGCUUUCAAACUUUCCAUAUCUGAACCUGAUCAUGUGUUUGCGCCCCUCGGACUUGACCCAGACCUCCUCACUGAAAUCCGCUCCACCAUCGCCCGCCGUCUCACCCCGAAACCCGUCAAAGUCCGAGCAGAUAUCGAAGUGAAAUGCUUUUCCUACGCUGGUAUCGAUGCGAUCAGACGAGCGCUGCAAGCUGGAGAGGCGGUAUCGACAGAAGAGGUGCCUAUCAAAGUACGAUUAGUGGCUCCACCAUUGUAUGUCAUGACGACGACGAGUACAGAUAAGGUGGCGGCGAUAGACUUGAUGGAGCAGGCGGUAGAGAGAAUCGGAGAGAGCAUUGCUCAGGAGAAGGGGGAUUUGGUCGUGAAAAUGAAGCCAAAAGUUGUCUCAGAGACCGAAGAUGCCGAACUCAAAGCUCUCAUGGACAAAUUCGAGGCUCAGAAUAUGGAUGUGGCCGGUGAUGAUGAUUCAGAGGAGGAAGAGGAGUAA